UGACAUUUUGCAAAAUGGCGGGGGUUAGUUCCAAUUGGUUCCAAUUUUGGCCACGUUCACUACAACGAGCCACAAUCUAAAAUUCCGAUUCUUGUCUAGGUACCUAUAUGACAAGUCAUAUUUCAAUUCUCAAUCAGCCGAUCGAAGUUCAAUAAUUUAGCGUUCGUUCCGUCUGUGUAAAGAACAUUUAUGCGGAAACGUUAAGUUGGAGUAAAAGUAGGAAGGUAGGGUAAAAAGGAAUUUGAUUUGUAGAACUUUAUACUUUACUGCAUACAAGAGAAUAAGAUUUACGGCGUUGGAAAUGGAGAUUGAAAUCCUAAAUGCUGUUGGUUCGAAACCUUUGGGCAAAAUUCACUUAAAUGAAGAUGCUACGGUUAAGAAUGUGAAAGAAAAAAUUUAUCAGAACUUGAAAAAAUCACUGUAUCCCGAUCGACAAGCAAUAAAAUUGGAAGCUAAGGGAAAGACUCUAAAUGAUGAUGACAGUUUGAAGUCUCAUAAGAUUCAUAACGGCACCAAACUGUAUGUGAAGGAUUUAGGUCCACAAAUAUCUUGGAAGAAUGUGUUUUUAGCUGAAUAUGCGGGUCCACUGUUUGUCUACUUGUGGGUUUACCAAAGGCCUUGGAUUCUAUAUGGAGAACAAACAACUAGCCCAGGUGAUAUAGCAACUGUAGCUGCUGUAUGCUGGUCGGCACAUUAUGCUAAGAGAAUAUUUGAGACUUUGUUCAUCCAUCGAUUCUCACAUGGUACCAUGCCUCUGAGAAACCUGUUCAAGAACUGCUCAUAUUACUGGUUGUUCACAUUGUAUGUGGCUUACCAUGUCAACCAUCCUUUGUACACACCUCCAUCCAGAACAUAUUUCUAUGUGGGGCUUGCUGGUUUCAUUAUUUGUGAACUAGGCAACUUCAGCAUUCAUCUUCUUUUCAAGAAUCUUCGUCCUCCAGGCACUAAAGUGAGGCGCGUACCAGUCCCAGACGGAAAUCCCUUCUCUUUGCUGUUCAAUUAUGUGUCCUGCCCCAACUACACCUAUGAAUUUGGCUCCUGGUUAUUCUUCACCAUUAUGACCCACUGUGCUCCAGCUGGUAUAUUCGCUGCGGCUGGUUUCUAUCAGAUGGCUGUGUGGGCGCUCGGCAAACACCGCAACUACAAAAAGGAAUUCCCCAACUACCCGAAAGGACGUAAAGCCAUAUUACCAUUCGUUCUUUAAAUACAUUUCUAAGUCAAAUCAGUGGCGAGAUGCUAUUUAUACAGGGUGUAAUAGUUCAGUGGGUGAAGUCGAUUAUUGCGACGAUUUAAAAGAAUUCGCUAAUAUACAUUUCUUAAAAAUCUAUCAAUAUUUCAUUUCCGUUUUUAGCCUUCAUUUAUCUUAUACCUUUUCAAAUAUAUAUACUGUUUUUAAUUUAAAGAAAAAUGCAAAACUUCUUUUAAAAUUUUGUAUCAUGUCACAAUCAAUUUCUUUCAAAAUUUAACUCAUUUUAUGCUUUGUCAUCGCUGUUUUUUUUAUAAUAAAUAAGAUUUUUAAAGAAAAAUUAUAAAUCUUAAUAGGUUUAUAAAAAAAAACAGACUUUCAUUACAAAGUAAUAAACCAUGAACUGUUACACCCUGUAUAUUAUGUACCUCAGGUAGAGAGUAGACAAUUAAUAAUUAUGGUAAUGUGAGUAUAAACUUGUCCUCUCGCCACUCUCGUGUUUUUGCUUGGGUAUUGCAUAACGCUCUACUAGUUGGUGAAGGAUUUCUCGACGCCUAUAGUUGUAAAAAUAUUAUGAAAUGGGUUAUGAAUUUUAAUGUAAGAGUUAUUUUUGUGUAGUUAUUUAUUAUUUAAAAUUCAUUCUAAGCCAUUGAAGGGUUAGUUAAUGUAAAAUAUUCCGUUAAAUUAAUAACGUGCAUUUAUGUUCAAAUAAAUGUUUAUUUUAAUUUUAUAUUCAAUAAAAACUAUUUUCCAAA